AGAAAUUCCUUUCCAAAACGAGACGCCAAAAUUAAUAUCAAAACAAAACGAAAAUGUUUUUGCAAGUUUGCAAAUUUGUAUUUUAACAAUAGGUAACUAAACUAUCUAAUUAAACCACGGAAACCAAAUUUUUCUAAAUCCCCAGACUGUUCUCAUUUCAAUAAAGCUUAUACAUACAUAAAUAACUAUUCAAAUGGGAAAUGGCACAAAUAAAUAAAGAUCUCCGUCAAGCUGUUCUUAGUGGAAACUUUGAAUAUGUACAAUCCUUAAUAAAUCAACAUGGACUUGAUGGUUCAGAAUCACAUGGGUAUGUUCUUCUUCGUGAAUCCAUCAAGCGGCAAUAUAAUGAAAUAUCUAAAUUACUUCUAAACAGCGGAUCUAGAGUUAAUAGUAGAAAGAGUAAAACAUUUGCUACCACUACACCACUUCAUAUUGCUUGUGAAAAUGGUGAUUUAGAAAUUACACAAAUGCUCUUAGAUCACGAUGCUGAUAUAAAUGCUCCAAAUGAAAGUAGUUUUACACCCCUCUUAACAGCUAUUCAAAAUACUAAAGAAAAUAUUAUCGAUUUACUACUAAAAAGAGGAGCUACUCUCAAUAGUUGCAACAAAGGUUUAAGCCCUCUUCAUUAUGCAGUUGGAAAGCAUUCAUCCAAUAUUACUGAAAAACUUUUACAAUAUGGAGCCUAUGUAGAUUCACUGGCAGAUUUUCACAACAGCAAAGAAUUUACACCACUUCACUAUGCUUGUGAAAAUGGUGAUUUCGAAAUUGUUAAGGUUCUUUUAAAAAAUGGAGCAAAUGUGAGUUUCAAAACAACAGAAGGACUUACACCUCUACAUUUUGCAUGUAAAAAUGGAAAUGUUGAAACAAUCGAUAUACUUUUAAAUAGCAAUGCCGAUAUAAAUGCUCGUGCUAAUAACUCAUUAACUCCACUCUACAUGGCUGUGGAAAAUUCUCACAGAGAAGCUGCUAAAAUUUUGAUGGAACAUGGAGCACCCAUUAAUGAUGAAUACGGAAACGGAGAAACAGUACUUAGUUGUGCUGUUGAUAAAUGCUUACCCAUUAUAGUCAAGGACAUUCUACAAAACUGUCCAGAUGGCAACAACUUAAUUAACAAAAAAUCUUUUAAAACUGCACUUAGUAGACCCGGCAAUGGUUAUUCAGAAAUUGUUGAAACCAUGGUAAAAUAUGGUUUUUCUCUUGAACAUGAUGACAUAAAUGAUAACACUUUACUGGAUAAUGCUAUUAAAAUGGGUUAUACUGAAAUAAUUUUAGACCUAAUAAAGCUUGGACUUGAUUUGAGUCGUAGUGGAGACAUUUUGCACAUUCCUGUAAAAAACAAUAAUUUUGAAGUAACGAAAUUCUUGCUUACUCAUGGAGCUGAUGUAAAUGCCACAGAUAGCACUGGAAGACCAGCCAUAUUCUUUUCAACAUACGACUCUAAUGUUGAAAUGACUAAACUCCUAUUAUUCCAUGGAGCGAAUGUUCAAAAGAGUCCCGAACUACUAAGGAUUGCUACAAAUAAAGUUUGUAAAGAAAUUGUUGAAAUGCUACUUGAAAAGAAAGCUGACGUUGAAGCUGCGGAUAAGUUUGGAAGAACAUCCUUACAUUUGGCUGCUUCACAAGAAUUUGAUGGAUUCUUAACUUUCUUUAAAACCAGAGAUAAGCCGGAGAUUAUGGAGACCAAGGCAGAAAUAGCCAAAAUGCUUCUAAUCAAUGGUGCAAAGGUUAAUGCUAAAACUACCAAAGAUGGGUUAACAGCUCUUCAUAUUGCGUGUGGCAAAGAAUUUACAAAUGUUGUUGAAGUUCUUUUAGAAUAUCAAGCUGAUGUUGAUUAUGUUGCAAAAGGUGUAACACCAUUGCAUAUUGCUGCUCAGAAGGGAAACGCAACUAUUAUUGAAAUGCUUUUAAAAAAUUACUCGAAAGUUGUUAAUUUCAAGGAGCAAGCAAAUGGUGAUACAGCUCUUCAUAUUAUUGCUGAAAAAGGUAACAAACAGGCUUUGGAAACAUUGCUAAAAUAUGGAGCAGAUGUUAAUUUAAAAAAUAAUAAACAUGACACAGCACUGCAUUUGGCUGUAAAAGGAACAAACACUGAAAUAGUUUCGAUACUCUUGGAACACAACAUGUCUCCUAUUGAUUCGCAAAAUAUCGAUGAUAAUACUCCGCUUCAUAUAGCUGUUAAAUUAGCAAAAAUCGAUAUUGUACAAGCUCUUCUUAAUUUCGGAGCAGAUAUUAAUAUUUUUAAUAACAGACACGACACUGCUCUUGAUUUGGCAAAUUGUUUGCGUUAUGUUGAAUUAGCAGAUGUAUUUAAUGAUUCUGAUGAAUUCGAAGACGAAGAAGAGUCUUAUGAAGCAUAUUGUAAUCGUCAAAAUCGUCAAGAACCUUCCUAUAAUGAUAGAAUGUAUAUUCUUCGAAUUUUACUAAUACACGCAAUUACAUUAAAAGUUGCUAAUUUAUAUCCUGCCAAAACGGAUUUAUAUUCAUUUUUAGAAGAUAAUACUUUGUUGGAAUUUUUCCAAGAAGAUUGUGAAGCUGAAAUAGAAGUUUUGAAGAUGGAUAAAAUUGCUGGUAAUACAAAAUUAAGUUUUUAUGAUAUUUUAACAAAAAGUAUUAACUCUUUGGCAAGAUGCGUUCGAAAUAAAAAUGUUGUUCGAAUUUUUGAAUCAAAUGAUUAUAAAGAAAAAUUUCCAAUAUAUGCUGGCAUAAUUGAAAGGAAUUUUAAAAAGGCUACUCAAAGACGACAGUUGGUGGAUACGGCUUAUGAGUUUUUCAAAUGUUAUUUUGAAAUGCCAUAUGAAUGCGCUGAUCAAAUACUAAGUUACUUAAGUAAUGGUGAUUUGGAAAAUAUUAUUGAGUCAAGGAAAAUUUGAAAUCUCAAAACAAUGUUUUUUGCGUUUAACUAUAUAAUGGACUAUAUAAAUAUGAAAUAAUUAUGUGUUAUGAAUUAAUUGAAAAACAAAUAAAAAUAAAUAACUGUUUUUAAUACAUAUGAUCUUCUUCGUUGGUUAUGCGUCUUAUUUUGACACUAAUUUUACUUUUAUUAUAGCCAACAAAUGAAAAUAAUUUAAUAAAAAAGUUCACGAAAUACGAAAGAAUUUAUUUUUUCUAAUUUACUUUGUUUAAAAAUUCAAGUGAUACGAUUUCA